AUGAAGCUCUCCACUGCUGCCUACAGCCUUCUCAUGGCUCUCAUCCUCUUUGUCACAGCCGUCGUGUCGCCAGGCCGCUACUCCGAGUGCCCUAAUCUUGUCAUAAAAGAAACGGAUCCACUAGUGUUAGGUCCUUGCAAAGCGCAAUGCGUUCAUGUUUCGGAAUCUGCCCGCUUUACGAUCCUCAAGGUCCAAGAUGAAGCCCCGUGUAGAGUACCUGGUUGCACAACAACAACUCGGAUCCCACAGACGUAUAGUUACUGUACAGAAGACUGUUGUACAAGAAAAAAAGAAGAUGGCCUUUAUUACCUCGUAUUCGCCCAAAACAAGUCAAAAGGCCCCCCGGGCACACCCGUCUGUCCCGCUCACCCAGGCGCGAAAGUAAUCUUGGGCCACUACCGAACCAGCGCGGCACCCGAAACCGCCCCAGCCGAGCGACUCUUCACCUUACCCGACUUCACCAGCGCAGAAUAA